GUCGAAAUUAUCAUUGAGAACUACUGUACACUCACUGUACCAGUUUGAGUGUAGAGGCGGUGUAAAGUAACAGUACAGUAUACAUACAUGGCCGCAUUAGUGAUCGGAUGGUGCUUCAACGAAGGUUCACAACAUGUUGGUGUACGUACAGUAUACUACUAUGUAGUCAGUGGAAGGACUUUUGCCCUCCAAGAUGAGACGCGCUUGGUGUGAAAGUCUCUUCAAGGGACAACGGCAUUUGGGUAGUUUGGGGAUGGCGUUGGCAGGUUGAGAGCCUCGAGAACAUCGUUACGUUGCUCGAACAAUAGCCCAUUUCGUUCAACGGUCUUUCCCGCCGAGAGUUUCGCAUGUGUCAAACCUCAUUUCACCACUUUCCAGGCGCCGCCGCCCCACUCAACCCCCUCCUUUCCCUUUCUCCAGACUAACUUCACCUUCUUUACCCGUCAACGCCUACCAGGUCCCCGAGUGUCGGUCCGCCGAUUGUGUAACUGCCACGUUAUCCGGCAAACCAGGCAGUUUAUCCGGAUAACCACUGUUCGUGCUGCCUGUUCCCUCUCUAUUUCUGCUCACUUCUGGUUCAGGUGUCCACAACGACGACUGCGCGUCUCGAGUGCGUGAUUCCUCCGGCCGCCCAAGCACGAUGAAAAUCCCCCAGCAGCACAUCUCGCCAUUCAACAUCGACAAAGACACCGACACAGGUGACCCUCGUAGUUCUCCUACGACCGUCUCCCCUGUCGUCUUCUUUGCCGUCCUCGGCAAUCGAUCCCUCGUGCUUCGUGUCACCGAGGCCAUGUCUGGCAUCCCAUUUAUCCUCUCAUCUUACUUUAUAACUCAAAAGCUCGACCGACCCACGCUCAGCUUCAAAGACAACAGCCUGCUCGGGUUCGCCGCCUCCAACGGACACCUCAGUGUCGUGCAAGCCGCUGUCGCCCACUUCCGCCACCAAGGCCGCUGCAUGGAGUAUGCGAUCUUCUGCGCGACGGUGUCCGGACAACUUCACAUCCUCGAAUGGCUCUUCUCCAACUACACCAUCCCGCCGCCACCCACAAUCUCCAUGUACGCGCUCAACGGUGCCGCCAAGCACGGACACCUCAAUGCGCUUCAAUUCCUCCACGCCCAAGGUUGCACCGGGUGGAGCGCCGACUGCAUGGACAGCGCAGCCGCCCACGGUCAUUUGAGCAUCGUGAAGUUUCUGCACACGCACCGGACCGAAGGCUGUACGACCUUUGCCAUGAACCAGGCGGCGGAAAACGGCCAUCUGGACGUCGUGCGCUUCCUCCACGAGCACCGCACCGAGGGCUGCACGUCGUUUGCAAUGAACCAGGCUGCCAAGAACGGACACUUGAGUAUUGUGAAGUAUUUGCACACCCACCGUACCGAAGGCUGCACCACGUACGCAAUGACCAGUGCGGCGUUUUCGGGACAUUUGAGUAUCGUGCAAUUUCUACACUUUCACCGUCAAGAAGGGUGCACGAAGGAGGCGAUGGACGGCGCGGCGCUGUACGGCCACCUAGACAUUGUCAAGUUUCUGCAUGAACACCGGUCGGAAGGAUGCACGGAGCACGCGAUCAACUGGGCGGCUUCCAGGGGUUCCCUCGACAUCGUUCGCUACCUCCACGCCAACCGGGUAGAAGGCAGCGUCAGUCGCGCCUGCGCACUCGCCGCCCGGUUUGGGCACGCCACGAUUGUGAAUUGGUUCCAGACACUUUGAAUUCCUGUAUGUUUAUAUAAUACUAGUCCACCCUGUCCUGUUA